AUGGAGGGCCGAACGUCCCAAAAGGAAGACCUGAAGCCCACUGGCUCACUUGUUACCACUAGAGUCCCAGGUCUAGUUGUAGCCGAAUGCAAUAGAAUUGAUCGGUCAAUAGAAGAAACCGUGCUUCGGAAGUUAGACUUCAAAUAUAUCCAUGGCGUGUACUGCAAAUCAGGGGGAGCUGUUGCUGAUGCAGAUGCUAGGCUUCUCCCCGUCCUCUCUUUAGCCUCGAAGGCCAUUCUGGAGUCUGCGUCCACGACUGAUAAUCUCAGUCGAAACGCGCGAAACAAGGCCCCUUUGCGCCCGCGGCUCCUUGUAAUAUUGGCGCACAGCAAGACUGCCCUGGACAAAGUCCUACAGGAACUCAGUACACCACCGAGGUGGAGUAUUGAAGAGGAGCUCCGGAAUCUUCAAGGGAAUAACCACAUCAAUCGCCCUGAGUACGCUCAGACAUUGUGCGCCGCUGUUCAGAUCGCCUUGGUGAAUCUCCUGAAAGGGUGGGGGGUUAGUAUGUCUGGCACGAUCAGGCACUCCAGUGGCGAGGUCAUUGCGGCGUAUGGGGCUGGGGCUAUCCCAAUAUAUACAGCAAUUAUCACCGCGCAUCUUUGUGGACAAUGA